UUCCAUAUUACUGGCGGUUGUUAUUGUAGUUCGGCAAUAAAUUAAGGAAAAAGAAAGCAGACAUUCGGUGGCAAGAAUUAAUUACAAAAGUAUCUGAAGCACAGAACCUAAAAUGCGGAUCUUGUUAGCCAUAUCAUUCCUCAAUGUAAUCACAGCCUUCAAAGAUGAAACCGCAGCUAGUCGCAUACUUCAAGGCGUUCCAGCAGCAAUAGGAGAAUUCCCUUAUGUUGUUGCAAUAAAAGUGGACGACAAAUUCCGUUGCGGUGGGUUCAUCUACAACGAAAGAUGGGUCGUUACAGUUGCUUCUUGUGUCAACGGGUUCAACAAUGUGUUGGACCGAGUGACUGUGGAAGCUGGAAUUGUCUCUUUAAAAAUGCCGGAGCCGAGUCAACAACUUAUCCGGAUCGAAUCUUUUCAUCUCUACGAUUCUUACAACGAAUCUCUAACCGGACCAUUACAUGACCUUGCCCUCAUACAGACGAGAUUGCCCUUUACAUUCAACUCGGAGGUGAAUUUUUCGUAUUACGAUGAAACUUCGCGUGAAAUGGCAACAUUCAUCGGAUGGGGUGUCGCUGAAGUCAUCGGAGAUGGUGGCUCAUAUUCGAACGAAUUGCGCAAAGCAAUGAUUACCGUUAAUUCAACCAUUUGUCAAUCUGCUUAUGGAACAUCCUAUCAAAAUGCCUACAUGAUCUGCACUGGCGAUGCAGAUGCAGGAGACACGCAGAGUCCUUGCCAAUACGAUGAGGGAUCGCCACUAGUUCAGAACGGGUACGUCGUUGGCGUCAUGUCUAGAAACAGCGGCUGCGAUGCUAGUGGAACUGUAAUACCGACCAUUUACACCCGGUUGUCGGUUUACUACAAUUGGAUGGUCACCACGGCAGGGAUACAACCUCUUCCUUCCCUCGUUCAGUUGGAUCGCUCACUUUCUGAACCUGAAACAAAUUAA